UAGUUUUGGUUGCCCCUUGCUUUGUUAGGUCAAUCUCUCAAUUUAUUUAUUUGACCGAUCUUCAGCAGAAAAGAGAUUUUCAUUGCCGCAAGAAGAAGAAGAAGACUAUAGUUCAAUUUGAUCAGAACUAAGAAGCAGCAGAAGCAGCAAUGGAGAUGAUAAGGAAAAACGGCGAUGGAAUGGAACAGAGGCCCAAGACGAAGAUCGUCUGCACUCUUGGUCCUUCUUCGAGAUCUGUACCUCAGAUUGAAAAGCUACUUAGAGCCGGUAUGAGUGUUUCUCGUUUCAACUUCUCUCACGGUUCUCAUGAAUACCAUCAGGAAACCCUUGAUAACCUCCGUACUGCGAUGGAGAAUACCGGCAUCCUCUGCGCCGUCAUGCUCGAUACCAAGGGACCAGAGAUUCGAACUGGGUUUUUGAAAGGUGGAAAAGCCAUACAACUGACUUUAGGUCAAGAGAUCACUAUCAGCACUGACUAUAGCAUUGAGGGUGAUGAGAGCACGAUUUCCAUGAGUUACAAAAAGUUGGCUGAGGAUGUAAAACCAGGGAGUAACAUACUUUGUGCUGAUGGAACUAUUACCUUCUAUGUUCUAUCUUGUGACAAAGAAAAUGGUUUAGUACGAUGCCGAUGUGAAAACACAGCCAUGCUCGGUGAGAGGAAGAAUGUUAAUCUGCCAGGAGUUGUUGUGGAUCUUCCAACUUUGACAGAGAAGGACAGAGUAGACAUUUUGGAAUGGGGAGUCCCUAACAAGAUUGAUAUGAUUGCUUUGUCUUUUGUUCGUAAAGGUUCAGAUUUGGUGGAGGUUCGUAAGGCGUUGGGAGUGCAUGCCAAGACUAUCCUUCUGAUGUCAAAGGUCGAAAACCAAGAAGGUGUGGCCAAUUUUGACGAAAUCCUUGCCAAUUCAGAUGCAUUCAUGGUUGCUCGAGGUGACUUGGGAAUGGAGAUUCCAAUUGAGAAAAUAUUUCUAGCGCAGAAAGUGAUGAUCUACAAAUGCAACAUCCACGGAAAACCCGUCGUGACAGCAACUCAGAUGCUCGAAUCGAUGAUAAAAUCCCCAAGGCCAACUCGUGCUGAAGCCACCGAUGUCGCGAACGCAGUUCUUGACGGAACUGACUGCGUCAUGCUCAGCGGUGAAACAGCAGCCGGGGCCUACCCAGAACUAGCAGUCCGAACCAUGGCUAGAAUCUGCGUUGAAGCAGAAAGCACAAUUGAUUAUGCAGAUGUUUUCAAAAGGAUAAUGGCUAAUGCACCUGUUCCAAUGAGUCCACUCGAGAGUCUAGCCUCAUCUGCUGUCCGAACUGCUUAUUCAGCUAAAGCUGCCCUUAUUUUGGUUCUUACCCGCGGUGGAAGUACUGCAAAACUGGUGGCAAAGUACAGGGCUGGAAUUCCGAUCCUGUCUGUGGUUGUGCCUGAGAUUACGAUUCAGACUGAUUCAUUUGAUUGGUCUUGCAGCGACGAAUCUCCCGCAAGGCACAGUCUUAUUUUUAGGGGUUUGGUUCCGAUUUUAUGUGCUGGGUCUGCUAAGGCUUCACACGCAGAGUCGACUGAGGAAGCUUUGGAGUUUGCUCUUCAGCAUGCAAAGACCAAGGGGCUUUGUAAAGUUGGGGAUGCGGUUGUGGCUCUUCAUAGAGUUGGGACUGCUUCUGUUAUCAAGAUUGUCACGGUUAAGUAAGACAGCGAUUGUUGGUUGGUGGUGAUGGACGAAAGAUUUGUUGGCAUUUUGGAUAUUAUUUUUUUUGUUUCGGUUUCAUUUUACCUAUCUUUAGUUAUAAUCUGCCUCUGCUGCUGCUACUGCCUUUUGAAGAUUCUGAAAUGGAAUUUAACCACUCUACAUUGGCAGAAUUUUUGCACUUUAUUUACAUAUCAUUGAUAUUUUUGUCAUGUAAUCAACUUGUAUUUGCUCUUGAACUUGAAAAAGGAGCUUAGGGCAUUAUGGAGUAUUAUUAUUAUUAUUAUGGCAACACAAUAUAUGGUUGAUUUUUCAU